UUAUGGUGCUAGAUUAAAGACAAAUUCUAAAUGCUGUGUGUGUGUGUGUAUUCCAAAGUGCAUAAUCUAUAGUCACAAUGCUUUAUUUUGUGUUGAGUGUACCACUUUAUUUAGCGUCUGAUGAAGACCUUCAUUUUUAAAUCUGUAUUUUUAAAUAAAAAAAUCUCUUGCUGCCCAAUACAGUUAGUCCUCAAUUUACGACCACAACUGAGCCCAAAAUGUAUGUUGCUAAGUGACAAAUUUAUUAAGUGAGCCCCAUUUUAUGACUUUUGUUGCCAUAUUUGUUAAGUGAAUCACUGAAGUUCAAUUAGUAACACAGUUGUUAAGUGAAACCGAUUUCCCCGUUGACUUUGUUUAUCAGAAGGUUGCAAAAGCUGAUCACAUGACCCUGGGACACUGCAACUGUCAUAAAUAUCAUGAUAUUUCAGAAGACAUGGUUGUUAUCAAGACUGAGAAGGUGGAUGAAAGCUGCAGUAAUGAUGGAGGAAACUGUGAGGCCCAGGAGUCUCAGCCUUCUCCUCUGGCCCUGCUAGCAGCCACAUGCAGCAGGAUUGAAUCUCCCAAUGACAACUCUGAUGGUUUACAGGGGCAACAGGGAGGCUCAAGUGAACUGGAUCUUGCUUCUGCAACUCAAAUCUCUCAAAAUGCAAAUGGCUGGCAGAUAAUUUCCACUGCUUCUGGAACUUCUGAUUCUCCCAAAGAUCUGGGGAAUAACGGCAAUGAAGACAACGAUUCAUCUUCCAAAAACCGAGCUGCCACCACUGGGCAGUAUGUGGUUGCUGCCACCUCAAAUAUGCAGAACCAACAAGUUCUGACGGGCUUAUCAGGAAUGUUGCCGAAUAUUCAGUAUCAGGUGAUUCCCCAGUUUCAAACAGUGGAUGGUCAACAGUUGCAGUUUGCCACUGCUCCCACUCAAGUUAGUGUCCAGCAAGAUGCCUCUGGCCAACUACAGAUAAUUCCAGGAACUAACCAGCAGCUCAUUACAAACAGGUCUGGCACAGGCAACAUCUUGGCUGCCAUGCCAAAUCUUUUGCAGCAGGCUGUCCCCAUUCAGGGAGUAAAUGCUCUCUCAGGGCAAACCCAGUAUGUCACUAACGUCCCACUGGCUUUGAACGGCAAUAUCACCUUAUUGCCUGUCAACAGCAUUGCUGCCAGCUUGGCCCCCACCUCUCAGUCAGUUACUCUAAGCAAUUCUAGCUCUCCAGAGAACAGCUCUCAGCCAGUUUCUGUCACGUCAAUCAGUUCCUCCAGCGUGGCUGCGACUCAAGCCAGUACUGCCUCCUUUUUCACCACUGCUAACAACUAUAGUGCCACUACCACCACCAGUAAUUUGGGCAUCAUGAAUUUUUCAACUAGUGGCAGUGUGGGAACAAACGUUCAGGUGCAAACACCGCAGAGGACAAACAGCACUCAGAAUGCCGAUGCUGUGCAAGUUGCAGUCCAACAAGGACAACAGAAAGAUAUUGAUCAAAACCACCACCACCAGCAGAUCCUAGUGCAGCCUCAACUUGUUCAAGGAGGACAAGGCAGCCAGACCUUUGCUCCUCAAGAUGCCCUGCAGAACCUGCAGAUCCAGGCACUCCCCAACACUGGUCCAAUCUUUAUUCGAACGCCCACUGUAGGGCCAAAUGGACAAGUCAGCUGGCAAACUAUUCAACUUCAAAAUCUUCAGGUCCAGAAUCCGCAAGCUCAGACAAUCGCUUUGGCUCCCGUGCAAGGGGUGUCCCUGGGGCAGACGGGGAGCACCAGCACAACACUCACCCCUAUAGCUUCUGCCUCUCUACCCAGUGGCACAGUCACGGUAAAUGCCGCUCAGUUAUCCUCUGUACCAGGCCUUCAGACUAUCAACCUUGGGGCCCUGGGAUCUGGCAUCCAAGUUCAUCAGCUGCAAGGGCUCCCUCUCACCAUUGCCAAUGCCACUGGUGAUCAUAAUACCCACCACCUUAGCCUCCAUGGUACUGCUGGAGAUGGGCUGGCUGAUGAUGGAACCACUCUGGAAGAAGGGGAAGCCAGUCCGGAUGCCCAGCCACAGCAAGUCCGAAGAAUGCGCAGAGAAGCCUGCACUUGCCCUUAUUGCAAAGACAACGAUGGCAGAUAUGUCCCCAUUUUCAGAGGCUCCGGGGACCCUGGCAAAAAGAAGCAGCACAUCUGCCACAUCCCAGGCUGUGGGAAAGUGUAUGGGAAGACAUCUCAUCUGCGAGCUCACCUUCGAUGGCAUACUGGUGAACGGCCAUUUGUUUGCUCAUGGACGUAUUGCGGCAAGCGUUUCACACGCAGUGAUGAGCUACAACGACACAAGCGAACACACACUGGAGAGAAAAAAUUUGCCUGUCCUGAGUGUCCCAAACGCUUCAUGAGGAGCGACCAUCUUUCUAAGCACAUCAAGACCCACCAAAACAAGAAGGCAGGCGCACCUAACAAUGUGGCUAUGGACGUCUCCGCAGUCGCCAUUGAUGCGAAUGCUUCUGCCGAGAGCGCCGGUGGGGCAGCACCUUCGGCCCUCAUUGCAACCAAUAUGGUGGCCAUGGAAGCCAUCUGCCCAGAAGGCAUCGCGCGCCUGGCAAGCAGUGGCAUCAAUGUCAUGCAAGUGGCUGAUCUCCAGUCGAUCAACAUCAGUGGCAAUGGAUUCUGAGGAUCUGUCUGAUCUUGUAUAAAUGUGUGGAUUCUCAAGAUCCAAGAGAUGCCUUUUAUUACAGAAGUGACAGAAGAUGGGGACUCAGCUGCCAUAUCUAGCUUUCAGAUACCAUUUCUGUCUCCCAGGAAUAUUGUGUGCAGAAUAAGGUCUGCUUGCUGUAUAGGUCUGCCUGGUGAUGCCUAGAGUGAAUACUUGGGAAAUGGGGAUGGCCCAGAACUGAUUGAGUAAUUUUUGUUUUUGCUUUUUCUUCCCCUCCCCCAUUAGGUCUCUUCACCUUUAUUAGGUACCCCAAUGCCAUCAUGCCUUGGUUCUAAAUGUAUAUGAUCAUUGAAAUACUUUUUAGCAGGAAAAAAAUCUAUAUUAUUAUUGUUAUUAUUAUUGUAAUUAUAUAAAAUUAUAAAAUAUGUUCUUUUGGAUGAAAGAGAUUAAAAAGUGCUGCAACCAAAGUCCUUGGUUGUAGUUCAGAUGCCUUAACUUGGAACUUAUUGAGCUGUUAAACGGCGCUCAGGCUUAUGUUCAGAUGCUAUAUUGCAUUUUAAUUGUAACUAUAAAAAUAUAUAUAAUUUAGCUUUUCUUAUGUUUAACUUUUAGGUUUGUCUUCCUCCCCCUCCACCCCAUGUUGUCUUCCUUACUUGAUCAGACUCUCAUACCUACCUGUACCUUUUUUUAAAAAGUUACUUCCUGAUAAUUUCCAUUUCUCUCUGUUUGGAGAAAGGAGUGUCUAUUUAAGUCCCUGUCGCCUUUUUUCCUACCCAAAGUGGUAGGGUCCAUGACCCACUGUGUGUUCAGAACUUGCAAGGGAAAAUGAGCCUAGGAAAGAUGGAAAUGUGACACACAAUUUACAUCCCUUCCCUUCCAAAGGCAUGAAUUCAACUUUUAGCCCAAGGGGAAUUAUUUUCAGUCCCUAGUGUAAAGCAGUGAAUCCUCUUUUUUUUAAAGUAUUUGUGCAUGCAUAUGAUCCAGGGGAUACACUCUUAAGAAUACCAGAAACCUUAAGGGUGUGGUGGAAAGAUUUUUAUAUGUGUUAUGGCUCUACUCAAGCUAUUUUACUACAGCGGAAGUUGGAACUAUGGUAUUGGACUCUGUUGUGCUUCGUUUGAGAUCUUGACAAUGCUAUGGCCAUGUAGUUUAAGGGGGAAAAAAUGUAAGUUUGGGUUCUUUUAGCUUGAGUUACUGCAUUGCUGUGAAACACUAAGGGACUUGCCCAGUUCUUUCCAAAUUGACAAAUGAUCCAAUAUUUGGCUCAGUUGCUGGGCACUCCAUUGAGAAUAAAUUAUGAAUUGGCUUUUGUAUCUCCUAUUUGUAACUUCUUUUUAGCAAUUUAGUGCUUGCUAGCCAGCUUGCUCCCUUUAUGAGGUUACAUAUGAGAACAAUUAUGAGGAAAUUGCAACAAAGGGAACUAAAGUGGAAGUUCAAAUACCAAAGAAAUAAGUGAAGAAGGCCAGUGCUUACAAGAUUUAAAAAAAUGAUGGGGAAGAGUAUUUGCGGAAUCUCUGUUAAGGAAUGGGGCCUUAUGACACUCACCUCCACCCCAGUAAGUGUUCAGACAGUUCCUAAAAUCUCUUGUGUUUAAAGUCAACCACCUAGACAAAUUGUUCCGUACUUUACCAGAUUGUUCAGCUGAUCAGUCCUAUGUCCUUUUCCCUCUGCUACUUAAAACAAGGCAGCUCCUCCGUUAGCAUAACAGAUUUUGUUUUAUUAAAGUAUUGAGGGAAUUUUUUAAUUGUUACAAAGCCUUCAUGAAGCUUCUGCCUCUUGCAUACUUCAAUGCUGGUUAUGUGCAUAGUGAAUUUCUACACCGCAGAAAGUUCACAAAAGGGUCCAUGAAUUGUUGUUGGGGUAUUAUAGUUGGCCAUUAUAUGUUGCUUCCGUUGCUUUGCUCUGAUGUUCUCUCAUCACUUCACUCCACUCCUCAGUAACAUAAAAGCCAGUUUAUUAUUAUUUUUUCUCUGCCUUCAGUAUAAAGUGUUGUGUUGGUAACAUUUUGAUGCCUCUCUUGCCAUGUCCUGUCCUGUUUUCCUUUUAUUGUGUUGACCCUCCUCCUCUCUGCCUAAGAAGAGCUGAAUUACAACAUCGUUUUCAUCAGGGACAGGGAGAAAAUAUCAUUUUUCCUUCCUCAGGACAACGCUGGAGUUAAGAUUAACAGUCCCCAAAAUUAUCCAGGUGCUUGCAUCUGCAGAUCCUUGGAGUCCCUUACCUGGAGUUGGAUAGCGCUUUCACGAUCUUGUGUGAGUUUUUAAAAAGAAUAUCUUGUUUCACAAAUGCUGCUUGUUGAGCUGAGAGAGGAUGGAAACAAGACCAAAAAGUGUAAGCAUCUUAAAGCAUAUCAAAAACAAGAAAGCCAUGGUGUAAAUUGUUGACUUCUGUAGUGCUUGUGAAUUAUUUGCACUGGUGAAUUGAUUUUGCUCAAUCUAUUUUGGGUGAGGUGAAAUUAUCACUCGGUGCUUAGCCUUUUCCCUUUUUCUCUACGAUUUCUCUUAUUCAUUUUGAUGAAUUGGAUUGGAAAGGGCAGACUUAUACCGGUAAUAUAAGAAACAUACAACAAAUAUAAGAAACAUAUAACAAAUAUGAAGUAAUGUACAACCAGGAGGACUGAGUAAGUAUGUAACUCAAGCAUUUUAUUAAGAGUUUCCUUGUCACAGAAGUAAGGAUUUGUGAUCUUCUGGGUAUUGCUGUCAGAUCAGAGACAAAGCAGAUUGUAUUUCUAAUACAGUGCAAACUCAAAAGCAAGAGAAUGUUUUAGGGUUUUGGAAUUGGAUGUUCCAGAGACUCAAGGAUUGUAGUCUGAUAGAAGAUGGUUUUUACUAUGAUAGAUUUCAAGUACUGUAAUGCCAUUACUGAAAUAAUUGGAUACAGACAUUAUUUGCCACAGUGAAGGGAGCUUGAUGUUCUAGAUAAAUUUAGCCCCAUAUAGUAUGCAGCAAUAAAUAAAUUGCCCCAUACCUCAGGCUGCUGGCUUAUUCUUGCUAUUUUAAACCCCUUGCUUCAAGGUUGUCUUAGGAGCAGUUAUUUCUUUGGGGGUGGGGUGGGGGGAAGAGCAGUAUGAUAUCUAUAAUGCCCGAGUUGUCAUUUGAUUUUUCAAAUUUGGGAAAGGAGAAAUACGUUCUUAAGAAAAAAAACUAAAAAUGCCCCAGAUCUCAUGCCAUUUUUCUUUAUACGCCCAAAACACCCACAGACUUAUUAUACACCCAAUAUGUAUAUGCUUAUGAAGGAUUGCAGGAUAGAUAGUUCCCACUUUCUGAAAGAAUAGCUGACUUUUUUUCCCCUCUUUAAACUUCCCUAUAAUGCCAGAUUGUGCUUGUUAAUGGCAUCUAUUCUCAAGUAUCUGUUUUCCUAGCAGAUGUGGUGUUAAUGGAAUGCUGUUAUGACCUCAUCGUUUUUUCUUCUGCUACAGACAAUACCACUAGCAUUUUCUCAAGUGCUACACUGGUCUGUAUCUAUUCACAUUUACACAUUUACACAACUGAGGAAAUGGCAUCCUUUUUUUUUUAAAUGCACUGGACAGUUCUUGUUAUUUUGAACAUUACUUUCUCGCUCAGUUCAGUUUGACUUGUAGAAGGAAUCCAUCUAUAAUCUGUAAAUGAAUAUAUAUUUUUUUGUCUUGACAGACUUUCUGAGUCUGGUGUCUCAGGUUGGCCAUCACAGAAGAUAUAUAUGAGUCUCUCUUCCUUGGCUCCUGUUUGUUUUCUAAAGAGCAAUAUUUAGUUUACAACUAUUGCUACAACUCAGGAAGCCAGAAGGAGGGUUCCUAGUUAGUGAUAGAAAUCCAAUAAAUCUGUGAAGUGUGAACCCUUAAGGAAAGGGAAGACGCUAUUAUAAAUCUCUUUACUUUCAAAGGGCAGAAAUGAGGAGAGAGGGUGAACAUUUUUAUUUGUAAUAAUCUAAAUCUGGAAAAUGAGCUGGGUGCAUGGAAGAAUUCUGUUUGGGGAAUACCGGGGAGUUUAGGUCCUUUGGAAGACGGCAGUAUUUAUUUCUCCUAAGUGGUGUAAACAGUAUCUCAUUGCAGCACCCGGUGACAAUUGCUAUUCUUUGUGUGUGCCUUUUUUUGUCACAGGCUUUUUCUGUGUUUCUGCUAGAAUUGAAGGUAUUUUCUGCAACGUCCAAAGUAAAUGUAUGCAUGGUAUAUGCCAAAUAUUUAGCAGAGUAUGGAGGAAAGUGAUCUUUACAAAGAUUAUAUUGCAUAGCAGCAUUGAAUUCCUUACAUAUCUGUCCCUUAUUUUCCCCCCUCCCACCCCCCCGACCUAAAAAUGCUCUCUUGGUUUUCAACCAAGGAGAGAAAUAUUUAACUCAGGUUUUUUUCUCUCUUUCUUUUAUGUAUAAAUAAUAUUGUCUGAAAUAGGCUCUUAUGUGUACUAUCACUGAACAUAAUAGCAGUUACAGAAAAAUUGACAGAAGAACAUGCAGCAAGUGCCUUUCCUGGAACUCAAAAAAAAAAAAGUCAAAAUCAAACAUUUUCUAUGGAAAUUAUCAUUGGCUCGAGACCACCUGGGUUGCCUCUUUGGCAAGCCUGGGACACUUUUCGGUAGCACCGUGUUGAAGUUCUAAUUUUGCAUUCCAUUUAAACUCCUGAUAGUUUUCUUUCUUUUUUUAAUGCCCCGAGACAUGAAUUGCCACCCGUACUGUAGCAUCACUAAAGAUUUUUCUUCUGUCGCAAAAGUGGUCUGCUUGCAUCAUUUGGUUUUAGCUCAGCAGACAAGAACUCAGAAUCUUUAAAGUCUUAAUGUAACCACGAGUGUUUAUAAGAGAUGCGUGCUAUUUGAUGUAUAAGAGAUGUCGGCUAUUUGAAAUAGUGCCCUUGGAGAAAUUCAAUCUCUCCGCAUGGGUAGCCAUGUAGGAAAGCCUUUGGUUCAGAAGGAUCUGGCCUACCUUCUGUUUCCCUUUGGAGUCUUAUCAUUUAGAUUUUUUUUUUAAAAAAGGUGUUGUCCACACUUUUAAGCGGCAGUGGCAUCCCCAUUUGGUGCCAUCUUCCCCUCAUUUUUCUGUUUCGUUUUAUAACAUUGUUUGCAGUGACUGUUCUUGUGAUCCGUUCAGAACGAUAGCGUGAUCCUUGGUUAUCUGCUGAACUGAGAAUGUCUGUUGCUUCCAAAAGAUGGCCUCUGCUUACAAAGGGCCCCAUUCAGUUUUCACACAAACACACACAAAAAAUAAUAUCCUUUGUGCUGUGUGUGUGUAUGCUCAGAACAAAGCUCAGUUAUUUGUAUGAUCAGCACUAUUGGCGGACUUGAGUUGUGUUUGGUUAAAAAGCAAAAAAGAGCAUCCCUUUCUGGAGGCUAUUUCUUUAGGGUGAGGUUUGUUGUCUUAUUGAAUACUUUCCCAUCACAGUUGGAAGGGCUUCAUGAAUUUUGAAAACGACUGUGUAGUGAGAGAAGGGUAGCCAUUAAUUGGACCCAUGCUGCAUGUGAGAAUGUGUCUCAAUUCCAAGAAUAUUAUUAAUUGAGGAUCGUUUAAACACGUAGUUGCAAGCUGGGUCUUGGAAAAGCUUUACUGAGCCUCUGUUUAUACAAACUGGCCUUAAUAUAAAAUGUGUACAUAAAAGGAACCUCCUUCUUCCAGAUGGUGAAACCUGUUUAAUUUUUAUAUUAUCUUAAAAUUACUUGCAAUGCUGUUUUUUGAAAUAAAAUGUGCCUUUCCUUUUAUAAACAAGAAUUGUACAUAGUUAAAGCCAAUGCCAUCAGCCUUAAGAGAUCUCUGUAGCAUUUUGUGCCUUGAGCCAGACUUUUCUAUAUUAAAAUCUUGUCACAAUCCAGUUUAAAUGGUCCACAGGUGUCCAGUAAUUAAUUUAAUUUUCCUAAGCCACUGGCAAAAGGAUGAGCACUUGCUUUUCACAUGCUUUGUGGUGGUGGUUGGGCAGGAGGGAAUUUGGGCUCAGAUUCCAUGAAAUAGUGCAUGUACUUUUACAUCACCUCCAAUAGCUUGAAAUUCUCUUCCAUAGUAACAUGGUUGCCUCUAUAUUUCUUCCCAGGAAGUGGGGAAAUGAGAAGUGAUCUAAGGUGGAUGCAUUUUUUUUAAUUAUUAUUUUUGUUUUCCUGGUGCUUAUAGCACAGCUCUGCAGUCACUUAAGCCAACCUGUAACACUGGCAAUAAAAUAAUUUUGUCUAUUCUAUGUAAAAGACUGUUUGUUUUAUCUUGUAAUAAUGUAUAUGCUUUUUUUAAAAAAAAAAAUCCAAUUACCUAUGUAAUGAUGUCUGAAACACUUUUAAAAAGUGCUAUUUUUGUACAAAGAUUAAAAUAGUUUGCCUCCUUUGUAUACUGAUUACAUUUUUUAAAUGAAAGGAAUAAACAAGUAUCUACAGA